AUGGCUUCUAUAAGUGCUGCUGCUGCAUCCCCACCUAUAGACUUGAAAGAACUGUAUGAUUUAUUCUCUUGGAGUCCCCCUCGCCUUGUGCUUUACCCGCAGAUGGAAAACAAGGGGCCAUCCACGUCCGGAUCCACACGCCAACCUGCCUUCUUUGAUCGCCACUUUUCUACCAAGCUGGCUCUUAAGCGGGUAGUACACCUUCCAUCGCUGGUCGAAGAUAUAGCAAAAACUGUGGACUCAGCGCUUGAUGCUGCAAAACAUACUCUUCCCAAAAUUUCUAACGGCGACUUCUAUACAACCAAUGACAGAAGGAGGGCCGUUCGAGAAGCAGAACGCAAUGUGAGAGAUGAGAACGAAGUUCGCGCGUUUUACUCUUACACCACCGCCCGAUUUUGCCCCGUCGUGGCUUCGACUCUCGCAUUGCACCCCGCGGCUUCGAGUUGGAUAUCCCUUAUACAUUGGACCACCUCUGUCUCCAGCCCAAGGCAUGCCGUCACGGACGCAGAGCUUACCUUCUAUCGCCUUGAUGAUACGGAUGAUGCGGUACGUCGGGAGGAGAUCCUUGAUACAAUGGAGAGUCGCCGUCGUGAUAUUCUUAAGGGAAUGCGUGAAAAACAAGCACCCUUGAUAACUUUUGAAUUCGAAAGUCUGAGUGCAGGUCCUGUGGUGACCGCGAUUCCUGAACUGGGCGAUUUCGAAUGGACGCAUUGCGGGCCACCCGAACAUUCCUGCAACGACCCUCAACAUGGUAAGGUGAAGGAUCAGGUUGCGGGCAUCGUACCUGGACCCGAUGCGUUGCGCCCCCCAUGGAAUAUUCGUGAGGAGACAGUCCAAAGCCCACCAACUACACUGGCAUCACCAUUGCUUUCACAAGAGCAGCUUGGGACUUCUUCCGCCCAAGAGUCAGUUGGUGUCAAGAAACGAAAAAGAAACCACGCCUCCGAUACGAGCGAGAAGCGUAGACGAAAAAGACGCCCAAAGGCGGAUGUCGACAAUCCAGACCACCAUGAUGUUAGUGCGCACUCUCUAGUCCAACAGGCUUGGGUUCAAGCUACAAAACUGGACACAUCCCUCAUUGUUCUUCAUUCGGGUAACCACGAGCUCAUAUGCGUCCGACAUCGAAAAUCUCAAACUCUCUUUGUCUCCAACGUAAUUGAACCCCAUAACUGCACUAAUCCUGGUUAUGGUAAACUGCAUGUUGGUGUUUAUGUCACCUCGAUAGAGGACAUGUUCGACCGCAUGGGGCAACAAUCUGCACAUGCUGGAAAUAGCGGUGAGGGUAAGGGCGGUGGUCGCGGUGCGAAAAAAUGGACAACAGACGGCUUGGGAGGAGGGGACCACCCUAUUGAAGAUAAACUGGCCCUGGAAACAAUAUAUGUGGCCAGCAAGUGUCGUACCAUGCAUAUGUACCUGCAGUAUGAUGUGUAUGACUCCCCUGUCCCCGCCUCUUUUAUUCGCUCUUUGUCCUUGCCAAUGCCACCAAACUGCCCGAGUUCCCUGUCUUCUCCACGCAACCACACUCAUGGACUGGAUGAAUGCAUCACAGUUGUCCUCACAUCGGAAAUUGGGCGAGGUGCUACAGGUGUAGCACUCCGCGGCACUUUGACGCCAGAAAACAUGGAAGGAGCUGGUGCACUGGAUGUUGUUGUGAAACUUGCAUUCGACGACGAAGAGCGUGAUUCCCUCAAGAAAGAGUACAAUCUUUAUCUGCACCUCAGGUCUGAAGGGGUUCAACGGGGGAUAACCCCGAUUAUUGGUUUCUUUGAUGACGAUGCUGAUGGUUUGGCUUGUGCGCUUGUUAUGCUCUAUGCAGGAGUCCCCAUCUCUGAUCUGGGAAGAAACCUGACAGCCACUGAAUGUAAAGCUGCACUAUCAACGCUGGAGUCUAUCCAUUGUGCAGAUGUGCUCCAUGAUGAUACUCGUCCAUACAAUGUUCUUAUUGGCGACUUGGGAGUCACCAUCAUUGAUUUUGGGAAUGCAAGGCGGUGCAGUAGUAAAAAAGCCAAGGACAAAGAAUAUGCAUACCUACAAUCUAUCCUUCAAGGCUUGGCAGGUGAGAGUCGGUAA